UUACGAGUGCAGUGGGUGGGAUCGGCAAUGGGAUUAGAGUUACUUAAGCGCCCCGCGCUGCCGCUGCCUUCCAUUACCUUCGUCAUGAGGCACCUCUCCAUCUCCGCAGCGGCGAUCCUCGCCCUCGCCGCGCUGGCCACUCUGCCACCGCUCACUGACGCCAGGCUGGUCCCCAAGUGCGAGCUCUUUGACAACCUUAUGGUCCACUGGGGCAGCCAGCAAGGAAAGAUGCUCCAAGACAUCAUCGCUAAAGUGAUUUGCUUUGUCAAGAACAAAAGCGGCUUCAACACCAACGCUGUCACUCCUGUUCAUGCCCUGGGGGAGCAGAGACCGAAGCCCCAGCCGGACUCCAAUGAGAUAUAUGUUGUUGAAGAAAGACAAUGGCAUGGCCACCGUGCAAAGAGGUCGCGAGAGGACUCGAACCCGCGUGACAACAGCGAAUCAUCAGGCAUGGAGUCAAACGAGAACGAAUUCCAGCCAAACAGGGGAGACCGUGAACAUGGGCCACCCAGCGGACAUGGGGGCAAGGAGAACAAGAGGCGUCAGAAAAGGUCAAUGUCCAACUCUGAGGAAGGGGACGCGUCUGGCAUGGGCUCACCGGAAAAGCACGAGGACGCGUCUAAAGGCCAAAAAUCAAAACCGGACAAGGGCGACCGGAGGAAGCGUCCGCGGCGCUCGAUCUCCAGCGAGGACGUCAUGGAGUCAUCUGGGAUGCCACCCGAAGAUCACUCCGUCCAGACGCCCAGGCUGCUUGGCAUCUUCCAGAUCGACAGCCAGCUGGCUUGCGGCGAUGGCAAACCGGACGGCGUCUGUCACCUCAAGUGUGAGCAGCUGCUAGAUGAUAACAUCCAGGAUGAUAUAACCUGCCUGAAAAUAAUCUCUAAAGACAAGUGGCCUGAGAUGCCCUUUGCUCAAGAAUGCCACACAGUCUCCUGGUCAUCUCUUCUGUCUGAGUGCAAGUAAAGCGUCUGCACAAGACCCUCUGCCCCUCGUGGUGUGCUGAUGAGCAGGACCGGUGAAGCACAUUACCUUCAUGAAAAUCAUCUUUGUAAGCAUCAAUAAAUUUGCAAAUUACAGCAAUUCAA